AAUCGCUUCUUAACCACUGCGCGCAUACGCUCACUCAAACUCAGUCGAGGCACAAGCGAGGAGCGAGUUUUCCAAAGUUUUCUUGGCAAAUGAGUAGCAAAUGCCACGCUUUGGGUGUUCGUAAAUAUUUAGUCAGAUAUAUUUAGCCAUGCAGAGACCGUCGAAAUCAUUUGGGGAGGAAUUACUGAGUAACGAAGAGGAAGAACCGGCAAGAUCGGCUCCCCAUUCAUUGAAUCAAUACUGAGUAGCGUUGACAUUGAUAGCAAUGUGCGAACACCAUGCCAUCAGGGUUACUAGUCUUUUUGUGGAUACUACUACUACUGCAGAGUAUAGCCGGCGUGGACACAGGGGGGACAAGUUGGGGACCCGGAGCCUUGGCCCAUUGUGAGCACACUAGUGACCAAAAUCAACUCAACUCAUUCUUAUGGACAGUUAAGAGAGAUCCGCCGGCAUAUUUCUUUGGAACGAUUCACGUACCUUACACAAGGGUGUGGGAUUUUAUUCCAGAAAAUGCAAAACAGGCAUUUAGACAAGCACAGAAUAUUUUUUUCGAGUUGGAUCUUACGGAUCCUUCCACCAUCUCAGCAUUAGCGACAUGUCAGAUGUUACCCCAUGGGGAAAACUUGCAGGAUGUUCUACCCCAGGAUAUUUAUCGAAGGCUCAAACGACACUUAAAUUAUGUGAAAGAAGAAAUGCCAAAAUGGAUGACACCAGAUCAGAGAGGGAGGGGUCUAUAUGCCGAUUAUUUAUUCAAUGCAAUAGCAGGGAACUGGGAGCGAAAGAGACCAGUAUGGGUUAUGUUGAUGGUGAACUCUCUGACGGAGAGCGAUAUCAAAUCUAAAGGAAUUCCAGUAUUGGAUCUAUACUUGGCCCAGCAAGCUGAAAGGAUGAGCAAAACCACGGGUGCUGUUGAGAGAGUGGAGGAGCAGUGUGUUCCUUUAAAUGAACUCAACUUUUCUGAGGUAGUAUUUGCCUUAAACCAGACCCUGUGGCAGCAUGAAAACUACAGAAUUGGCAUGGGGAAUAUGCCGUACACUACAGAAGACUUAAUAAAACACUAUAACUGUGGAGACUUGAACUCUGUCAUUUUUAACCAAGACUCAGCCCAAGUGCCGAAUCUCGUCAAUACCUCGCUCCCACCUAGGGAGCUUUCAACUGCCAAAAAUAUUGACAAUUAUUUCCGACAAGAACUUAUCUACAAACGAAAUGCCCGAAUGGCACGGAGAGUAGGACAGCUUUUAAAACAGUACCCGGACAGAAGUUUUUUCUUUGCUUUUGGUGCAGGUCACUUUUUAGGCAAUGAUACAAUAAUAGACCACUUAAGAAAGCUUAACUUUGAUGUUGAGCAUACGCAAUCACAUGAGACAGUGCAAAGAUCUUCAAAAAGAGGAAGAUCCAGACCUAACCUCCUACCUGUGGCAGUGCCAGACAUGCCUGCAGACUACCCACUCCUGGUGGAUCCUAAUGUAGACCCAUUUGGGAGACACAAUAGAAGGUCUCGCAAAAGAAAAAAUAGACAUAGAAAAAAGAAGAAAAGGAGAAAGAAUAAAAAGAAAAAGGCCAGCUUUAAUGAACUGUGGGUCAGAAUUUCAACAACAGAAAGUUCCACCACAGAGGCAACUACUUAUGAUGCUAAGCCAGUCCCUCCCCAAACCACCCCUUUGUCCUUAGAUUCAUGGUACAACAGUAUAUCUGCUGCAACAGCCAUUCAAAGCAAUCCAUUGAAUCUUUUUGCUGCCACUUUACUCCACCUCUUUUUAAUAAGAACUUUGAGAUGACAAUUAGAACAAUAAACCUUGUGUUAUGUCUUGAUAUUUUUACUCUUUAGAUAAACGCAGACAUGUUCAUUAAGUCUCAUAUUAGUAUGGUGGUUUGAGGAAAGACAAUUUACCUCAAAUUAUUUUAGAAUUAGUGAAAAUAAAAUUACGAUAGGGACUGCCUAAAUUAUGUUUAUGCUAAAAAUACUGUCAAUUAUGCAUUACACAUUUUUCAAUUUUUACACAAGUACUUUUAAUAAGUUUGUAAGCUACAUAUAUUAAUGGUGGUAUGAUGUACAAUAUAACUUAAGAUGGAUUCUUUAGACAGAAUCAUAUCUGGAAUACUGAGCAUUUUCCUAAGCAUUUAUGCCUUAAACACAUACUUGUUUUAUUGACAAACUCAAGUGGGGGGAGAUGUUCACUGCUCUUCAUUAUUUGCAAAUGGAUUACUUUAAGCAUGCAAAAGUAUUAUGAAGAAAUCAAAGCUGUAAAUGUGACUGUUUAUAUAUUUACCAAUUAUUGCUAAUCUGUAUAUAGAAAAACAUAAUUAUAUAUAUAUAUAUGUACAUAUAGUUUUUAAUUAUUUGAGUGCAAGGAGAGGGCAUGGGGAACAGCCACUCAUUUGUCUCAGGGGUUCUAUUUAUAGCUGCUAGAAGUGAAUGAAAUUUAUUUUUGUAUUUUUUUGUAUAUAGCUUGUAAAUAGAUUCCAUCUCAAGUGUGAUAGAAAAACUGGCGAGUAAAGUGCCACAGCUAUGGCUUCAAUAUGACAGACACUAACAAAUGUUACAAAAUGUAUCUGUUUAGGCUUUGUUGUAUUUUCAAUAUUGCCUCAACAGAAAACUUCAAAAGUGAUGAAUGUUGGGGAUAUUGAAUGAUU